CUCUCUGAUUUUCUGAAUCUCCUGCGAAAGUGAUUCCCCAUCCUCUCCCACCCACACCCCCCGCCCCCGCGUCAUCUCCAGUCAGUCGCCUACUCGCCUGCUCCCGCGCGGCCGUGCUGCUCGCCGCGCGUGCUGGAUCUCCGUUCCCGCGACGCCUUCCCGUUCCCCUCGCCGCCCUCGCUCUCCUGGCCUGGAUCCCAUGUCGGCAGAGAAGCCGGCGACCGGCCCGGAGGAAGGGAGCAGAACGCCUCUGGAGCGGGCGGCGGAUGCGGCGGAGGAGCUGUACCGCCUCCGGGACACCUUCUUCCCCCAGGACCCUGCCGAGAAGGCCGCCGCACUCCGCGCCCGCGCCGACGACGCCCUCGCCCUCCUCGACGCGCUUCCGCCCGAACAAAAGAAAUCUCCACAACAGCGUGGUGUUUUUGAAUUUUUGAGGGGAAAAAUACUGGAUGUCUUUCCUGACUACCAUAAGGAGGCUGAAGAUCAUUUAUCCAAAGCAGUAAAGCUGAAUCCAUCUCUUGUAGAUGCAUGGUUAUGUUUGGGUAACUGCAUUUGGAAGAAGGGAGAUCUGCCAGCAGCAAAGAAUUGCUUUUCAUUAGCACUAAGCAAGGGUUCAGAUAAGAAACUACUGUGCCAGCUCUCCAUGCUCGAAAGAAGUAUGGCUCAAGGUAGUGAAGACCAGGCGCUUUUAGUGGAAGAGAGCAUUAAGCAUGCAAAAGAAGCUGUUAUGCUUGACAUUAAAGAUGGCAAUUCAUGGUACAAUAUGGGUAAUGCUUAUCUCACUAGCUUCUUUGUGGGAGGAGCCUGGGACCACACUAAGCUUCAUCAUUCAGUGAAAGCAUAUCAAAAUGCUGAGAAGGAUAAAACUAUGAGUUUGAAUCCAGACCUCUACUAUAAUUGCGCCACAGCCGACAAAUAUUUGGAGAAUUAUGAAAGGGCCCUUCGUGGAUUCGAAGCUGCAGCUUUAAAAGAUCCUGGCCUCGGUGCUGAUAGAGAAGUUCAGAAGAUCAUCAGUCUCCUUGAUAAGCUAGAGAAUGCAAUGAAGGGACAAUUACGAUCCAAAAGAUUAGCAUCAUUGGUGUCAUCCUUGAGUAGUGUCCAUUUGAAUUCAUCUCACAAGAAAGCCACCGUAAGCAUUCUAUCAGAGGGUUUGAACAAAGCAAUUGCUGUUUUGGGAAAAAUUGUUCUUUUGAUAAGACAUGACAAUGUUGCUCCACUGUAUUAUUUAACAUGUGACUUGGAUCAGACGUAUUUUAUACUUUCAGUGUAUGGGCUACGGAAUGAUGCGAUUAAAGAGGGUGAUCGAGUGGUAUUAUUCGAUCCAUACUACAGAAUUCUUGAUGCAUCAUGGAAAGACAAGCGGUACCAGUUUAAAUCAAUACGAGUUGACUUUCCAGAACAGAUUCUAAUCAACGAGAAAGCUCCAGGUCCUCAUCAUGUCGCACAGGCGUCGAUCCAUGCACAUAACAAACCGUGAUUCUCUCUCUUCUUCCUUGAGAAUGUUGGUUUUGAUACCUAUAUAUGUUGUAUUGGACACGUCUGUGUGCUGGGCGGUGGGUUGUUCCGUGCCCUGAGAGGGGGAAAACAAUAGCAUGAAAAAUGUGUUGCUGCCGUUGCUUCGCCUCCCAAGUCCCAACUUCUGCCUCCGUCCUCCGCCCGGUAUUACAAUACACACAGACACAAUGUCGUCGAGUGGUAGCUGCUGAACGCAACUAUUUGCUUUGACACAAAGGAACAUUAGCUACACUGCAUCCCAAAGAACAGCAACUACACUGCAUCCAGUGCUCAUCAAUGGCAAUCGCAUCGGUGUCACCGUGCUCUGAGAUUAGGUGGGGGUACAAAUACACUGCACUGUACAUACAGUAGCUAGCUGCCUAGCUGCUGCUGUCAACAGUUUGGACCGACCAGUGUCGCCUAGUUGUGCAGCGCAGAGCUACCACCUUUUUCUGAA